AUGGAGCUCAUAGGUGAGUUUGCUGAGAGUUCUCGCACCUAUUCUAAGAGGAAUGCUACCCGGGGUGUUAAAGCUGCAAGUUCUGAUUCAUCUUUGGAAUCGGAGUCUAAUAUGGAGCAAUUUCAACAAGAGACUAAGUCAAGCAUUUACAACUUGGAAACACAAGUGGGCCAAAUGUCUAGUGUCAUGAAUAGGCUUGAGGCCCAAAAUUCUGGAAAAUUGCCAUCUCAAACCGAGGUGAACCCCAAGAAGAAUGUGAGUGCUGUGACAUUAAGGAGUGGUAAGGAGCUUUUUGAUCACGCAUCCGAAAAGAGCAAGGUUGUGGAAGAGAAGACAAGAUUCGAAGAUGAGGAGGUGGAGGUUCUUACUCCUUCCAAAGAGGUGGAAAAAGUGACUGUGCCUUUGUAUGCUAAGUGGUUAAAGGAGAUGUGUUCAAUUAAGAGGAAAAGUAAUGUUAAAGGAAAACAAACGGUUAAGGUUAGUGAACAUGUGUCUGCUGUUUUUCAAAAGAGAAUGCCAAAGAAAUGCGAUGAUCCGGGCAUGUUCACUAUUCCUAUAACUCUUGGUGAUACUAAGAUUGAUAGGGCCAUGUUAGAUUUAGGAGCCUCCAUCAAUAGGUUAGUUGAAGAUGUUCUUGUGGUAGUUGAUAAGUUGACUUUUCCUGCUGAUUUUUAUUUUGAUGGUCAAAUCAUUGAGUUUAAUAUGUAUGAUGCCAUGAGGUACCCUAACAUUGAGGAUCACUCUCUCUGUGCCAUUGAUGUGUUUGAGCCAUGUGUUCAAGGUGUGUUCGAUGUCUUACGUGAUGAUGAUUUGCAAAGUGUUUUGGACUUUAGUUUGAAUGCUGAUUCUUUGGAGUUUUGUUUGCCAGAUAAUGUGCUUAAAAUUGUUGUUGAAUUGAAUGAGCUUUCCAAACUUCCUUUGAAUCCUUCAAACUAUAAGCCCAUGCCACUUACUGUGCCUAGCACAAGACCACUUCCUUCUGUUGUGCAGGCCCCCGAUGUUGAGCUCAAAACUCUACCGGAGCAUUUGAAAUAUGUCUUUUUAGGUGAGAAAGAGACCUUGCCAGUUAUCAUUUCCAACAAGUUGACCUUGGAACAAGAGAGCAAGUUGGUGGAGGUGCUCAAGGAGCAUUCGACAGCGAUUGGGUGGUCAAUUGCCGACAUCCAUGGCAUUAGCCCUCCACAUGUAUGCAUGGAUCUUGUUGGAAGAUGA